GAUGUGUUGUGUGUCUGAUCUGGAUAUAAGGCUUCCGAUUUUUACACACAAUUAUGCUUUAUUGUGUCUCUGCUGUGUUUAUUUUCACUGGUGUGUUUGGCGUGUCGGCGAUAGACGUGUACACUCCAGCCGAGCUGUUUGUGGAGAACGGGACCACAGCCACUCUGUCCUGCAGUUUCAAGUCUAGAGAAGUGAUCAGUAGUUUAGCGUCAGUGGUGUGGUCUUUCCUUCCGGAGGGAGAAACAGGAGCAUUCACUUCAAUCUUCUAUUACUCCGAUGGAAAGCAGUUUCCGGGCUCGGACACAGCCCACUCCCUAGUAAGUAGUGGUGGUGUGGUUUAA